GGGGAUUGUUUUUGUGCUUUGGAGUUACUUUGUUAGACUAUACCUAUAAAUUUUUUUUUUUUUUACCCCUUCUUCUCCCCCCCCCCCCUUUUUUUAUAACCCACUUCUUGUUAUAUACCUCAUAGAACUACAAGAAUAAGCAUUUUUUGGACCAUGGAACGUAUUGAUAGUAUUCAUUCCUCUAGUUCGUCAGAUGACAAUGUUCGAAACCCGAAACCCAUAUUAAUAUCCAGUCCUCCAUCUCAUCAUCAAUCGAGAAGAUCCAUCAGUGGUAUCGAUAUCCUGAACGGCUUAAAAAUUAUGACUUCAGGCGGUACAAGUAUCUUGAACAACUUGAAUGACAGCAAUAUACCUCCUUCACCUGUACCUUCUCAGUUAAUAUCAGAACAUCAUUUCAGUCACAUUGAUGACUUUGAUAUCAAGGAACCCAUCGGCUAUGGUUCUUCUGCCAUUGUUUAUAAAGCCAUCUACAAACCCUCUGGUAAACGCAUGGCUCUAAAAAUGAUUGACCUUGAUAAAUUUGAACGAAAUCAAAUUGAUGAACUCCGACGUGAAACUGCAUUAAUGGCAUUAUCCAAACAUCCCAAUGUAUUGCGUGUCUAUGGUUCCUUUGUACACGGAUCUAAAUUAUACAUUGUCACACCUUUUUUAGGAGGCGGAUCCUGUCUCGAUAUCAUGAAGACUCGUUUUCCCAACGGGUUGGACGAAUUUAGUAUUGCUACUAUUUUAAAGCAAGCCUUGGAAGCGUUAUUGUAUUUGCAUAAAAAUGGUCAUAUUCAUCGUGAUGUGAAAGCUGGUAAUCUAUUGAUGGAUGAUGAUGGAUCUGUUCUCUUGGGAGACUUUGGUGUGUCUUCAUCCCUCAUGGAAACAGGUGAACGAGGUAUGCGAAAGACGUUUGUUGGCACGCCUUGUUGGAUGGCACCGGAAGUGAUGGAACAGGCAGAAUACGAUUACAAGGCAGAUAUUUGGAGUUUUGGCAUCACGGCGAUUGAAUUAGCUACGGGACAUGCACCAUUUGCUAAAUACCCUCCAUUGAAAGUACUCAUGAUGACACUUUCCAAUGAUCCUCCUACUUUAGACCGUGAAGGAACCGUUCAUAAAUACUCUAAAUACUUUAAAGAAAUGAUUGAUACCUGUCUCUCCAAAGAUCCCUUAAAGAGACCGAAUGCCGAAAAAUUAUUGUUACACCCAUUUUUCAAACAAGCCAAGAGAAAGGAUUACUUAUGCAAGACAAUUUUAGCAGAGUUACCACCAUUGGAACAACGACCUCGAAAGAUCAUGCCUCAGAAACAAGUCACGAUCAUACGUACCGAUGAAUGGGAUUUUGAUGACGAUGAAGAGGAGGAAGAGGAUUUGAUAGAUGCGAAUGGGGAUCCUCUCAUGAUCAGUCACCUAGGACAACAACAGCCCAUACAACAGCAACAACAACAGCAGCAACAACAGCAGGAGAACUCGAAAAAGGCAGCCACGAAACGACAUAUUUCCUUUGGCGAUGUGGUGGUGCGUAGUAAUAGUAUGGUGCAUCCUUCAGAUCCAGUACCUACCCCUCCUACUACUACUACUGCAUCGGUGGUAGGUACCCCACCUCGAAAAUCUCGGUUUGUGAUUGAAGAGACUUCUUCACGCGACCCAACGGACACGUACAAUUCCAGCUCAGUGCGUAGUUCCAGCCCUAUGUUAGAUGAGGAAGUGACGCAUGAUGGUGAAAUCAUGAAGGGUCGAUUUUAUGUCAACCAACAAAAUAAACCUGAUUCUUCACUCGCUGUUGUAUCACCCGCUGGAGAAGAGGAUGUACCGAUGCAUGGAUUACACAAGAUACCUAGUCAAGACACAUUGAAUGUCACUGACCGUAAAUCACGAUUUGAAAUUUCUUCUUCUACUACCUCACCCAUGAUGUAUCAACCCGUACCUCUUUCUCGUGACAGCUCAAGUUAUUCCUCUUCCUCUAACCCUACCAGUGGACGUAGUACGACAACAACAACGACAACAACAGCGGUGACGGAAAAACGAUACCCGGAUACAAGUACAUUGACUAGUGAAAAUAUCGCGUUAUUAACGGAAUCAUCACGUAAGAUUGGUCGAUUUGAAUUGACGGGUGGAUCUGCUUGUUCAUCUGUGGAUGUGACACCACGAGGUAGUAUCUCUUCGAGUCAUGUGGAACAUCCCAUGACGAUGCAUGGACAUCAUGCUCAAUCGCAUUUGUCGAUUGAUUCGAAUGCGUCUAGUCCUCAAUAUCAGAUUGAAGAAUUACUGCGAUUUAAUGAAUCCCAACGCAUCAUUUUGCAGGAACUCAGCUUGGCAUUUAACAAGAAACCCACAGCGAUGACGACGGACGUGGUGGAGGAUACUUACAUGGAAGAUUGUCAAGUGGGUGAAGAGAUAUCGAGUACAGUGGAACAUUUAGAUAAAUUAAUUCAAUUGACGCUCAAGGAAAAUAUGCAGUUACAAAAAGAGAAUGAAGCAUUAAGACGAGAAUUGAAGGAACUGAAAUCAAACUAAAAAAAAAAAGACACUUAUUUUCUCUCUCUCUCUCUCUCUCCUUUUUUUUUUUUUUUUUUUUUUU